AUGGCAUCUCAUAACCAUUUCACUAGAACCAACUCAGCCCGCUACGUUAGUCACUCAGGAGGAGACAUCGAACUGAGCAGUGUCGACCCAACCAUAUCUCAAAAAGUGGAAGAGCAGUACGUCUCCAACUCCAUGUUCACUGGAGGUUUCAACAGCGCCACAAAGGCUCACCUCAUGGACAAAGUCAUCGAGACAGAGACCACUCAUCCACAAAUGGCUGGUUCCAAAGGAUCUUCCUGCGCCGUCCCCGGCUGUGGCGCUAAGGUUAUGAGCGAUGGGAGAGGCCAAGAUCUUCUCCCUUGUGAAUGUGACUUCAAAAUCUGUAGAGACUGUUUCGUGGACGCCGUUAAAACCAACGGUGGGAUUUGUCCUGGGUGUGAGAAACUGUACAAAAACACUGAUCUUUUGGCUGACCAGAAUGAUGGUUAUAAUGGUCAGCAGCAGAGGCCUCCCGCCCCUGAGGGUGGUAGUAGUAGAGGGUCAAAGAUGGAGAGGAGGUUGUCUUUGAUGAAGUCAACUAUUAAUAAAUCGGUUUUGAAGAGGAGUCAAACUAGGGAUUUUGAUCAUAACAGGUGGUUGUUUGAGACUAAAGGGACUUAUGGUUAUGGGAAUGCUUUUUGGACAAAGGAUGGGAACUUGGGGAGUGCUUACGGAGAUGGUGAAGGUGUAGAGAUGCAAGAUUUGAUGCGUAAACCUUGGAGACCGCUUACUAGGAAGCUCAAGAUUCCUGCUGCUAUUAUUAGUCCAUACAGGCUAUUGAUAUUUAUCCGUGUAGUUGUUCUUGCACUGUUCUUGACAUGGAGGAUUAAGCAUCAAAACGAAGACGCUAUAUGGUUAUGGGGAAUGUCUGUAGUUUGUGAGCUUUGGUUCGCCUUUUCUUGGCUUCUUGAUCAGCUCCCUAAGCUAUGUCCCAUCAACCGUGCAACCGAUCUUCAAGUCCUCAAGGAGAAGUUCGAAACUCCAACAGGAAAGUCCGACCUCCCUGGUCUCGAUGUAUUUGUCUCUACUGCAGAUCCCGACAAAGAGCCUCCUCUAGUCACUGCCAACACCAUCUUAUCCAUUCUUGCCGCGGACUAUCCAGUUGAGAAGCUUUCUUGCUAUGUAUCCGAUGAUGGAGGAGCGCUUCUUACGUUUGAAGCCAUGGCUGAAGCUGCUAGCUUUGCAAACAUUUGGGUUCCUUUUUGUCGUAAGCAUGAGAUUGAGCCGAGGAAUCCAGAGUCCUACUUUAGCUUAAAGAGAGAUCCUUACAAGAACAAAGUCAAGUUUGAUUUUGUCAAGGAUAGGAGGAAGGUUAAGCGUGAGUACGAUGAGUUUAAAGUCAGGAUUAACGGCUUGCCUGAUUCCAUAAAGAGACGUUCUGAUGCUUAUCACGCUAAAGAAGAGAUCAAAGCUAUGAAGAUGCAGAAACAGAACAGAGAUGAUGAGCCUGUUAAGAUUCCUAAAGCUACUUGGAUGGCUGAUGGUACUCAUUGGCCUGGUACUUGGUUGACUCCUGAUACUGACCACUCCAAAGGUGACCAUGCCGGUAUCAUCCAGGUGAUGUUGAAGCCACCGAGUGAUGAGCCAUUACAUGGAGUAUCCGAAGGGCUUCUUGAUCUAACAGAUGUGGAUAUUCGACUUCCCCUCCUCGUUUACGUCUCCCGUGAGAAGCGACCUGGUUAUGACCAUAACAAGAAGGCCGGAGCCAUGAACGCACUAGUAAGAGCCUCAGCAAUCAUGUCGAACGGAGCAUUCAUACUCAACCUAGACUGUGACCAUUACAUAUACAACUCUGAGGCAAUGAAGGAAGGUAUGUGCUUCAUGAUGGACCGAGGAGGCGACCGUCUUUGCUACGUCCAGUUCCCGCAACGUUUCGAAGGUAUUGACCCCUCGGAUCGGUAUGCUAACCACAACACUGUCUUCUUUGAUGUCAACAUGAGAGCUCUCGAUGGGCUAAUGGGUCCGGUUUACGUCGGAACCGGUUGUCUCUUCAGACGAAUAGCUCUUUACGGGUUUGGUCCGCGUCGGCCCAAAGAACGUUCCUCUGGUUGGUUUAGUUGUUGUUCCCCUCGUCGUCAACUCCCUGAGGAGUACCGAGUUCUACUUACGGAUGAUGAUUUUGAUGAUUAUGACGUUGAGAUAAUUGUCUCUUUAGUCCCCGAGAAGUUUGGUAACUCGAUGUUCCUUAUGAAGUCAAUACCAACCGCUGAGUACCAAGGCAGGCCUUUAGCGGAUCAUCCAUCCGUUAAAAACGGGCGCAAACCCGGUGCACUCAUCAUCACGCGGAAACUUCUUGACGCGCCAACCGUAGCUGAAGCCAUAGCUGUUAUCUCGUGUUGGUACGAGGAUAAAACCGAGUGGGGAACCCGUAUAGGUUGGAUCUACGGGUCGGUAACGGAAGACGUUGUGACGGGUUAUAGAAUGCAUAACCGAGGGUGGAAGUCAGUUUACUGCGUGACGACGAAACGCGAUGCCUUUCGAGGCACUGCUCCUAUAAACUUGACGGAUAGGCUUCAUCAAGUUCUCCGCUGGGCUACUGGCUCAGUGGAGAUCUUCUUCUCGCGUAACAACGCUCUUUUCGCUAGCCCGAAAAUGAAGAUUCUUCAAAGGAUCGCUUACUUGAACGUCGGUAUCUACCCGUUCACGUCAAUCUUCCUUAUGGUUUACUGUUUCCUUCCGGCCCUCUCCCUCUUCUCAGGUCAGUUCAUCGUCCAGACGCUUAACGUCACGUUCCUUGUCUACCUUCUCAUCAUCUCCAUCACUCUCUGCUUACUCGCGUUACUCGAGAUCAAAUGGUCGGGGAUCUCGCUGGACGAAUGGUGGAGGAACGAGCAGUUUUGGCUCAUCGGUGGAACAAGCGCUCAUCUCGCAGCUGUUCUUCAAGGUUUGCUCAAAGUUGUGGCUGGUGUUGAGAUCUCGUUCACGCUUACCACAAAGUCUGGAGGUGAUGACGUGGACGAUGAGUUUGCGGAUUUGUAUAUGGUGAAAUGGACUUGGCUUAUGAUUCCACCGAUAACGAUCAUGAUGGUGAACUUGAUUGGUAUUGCGGUGGGGUUUAGUAGGACGAUAUACGCGGUGAUACCUCAGUGGAGUAAGUUGUUAGGAGGAGUGUUCUUUAGCUUUUGGGUUUUGGCUCAUCUUUAUCCUUUUGCUAAAGGGUUGAUGGGGAGAAGAGGGAGGACGCCGACGAUUGUUUAUGUUUGGUCUGGUCUUGUGGCUAUUACUAUAUCUCUUCUUUGGGUUGCUAUUAAUCCGCCGGCUGGGUACAAUAUUGGAGGGUCUUAA